AUGAUCGGGUUUAAGGCAAGAAGGCAAGAGCUGAGAAUUGGCACUUCCGAUAUUCCCUUGUCAAAAACAAGAGGCUCCAACGUGACCACUCUACAGACCGUCCCAGUGUCUGAGUAUGGAUUGAACCAAGGUCAUGGGGUCUUGCUGGAAGGGGUCACUUAUCCACCUAAUCUGAAAUCCAUGAUGGCUCAGAGUUUGGGGCCUAUGACAUCUGUGAUCAUGCUUUCCAGGAGUGCAGGUGGGAUAUAUUCCAAUAAAUGGGAAGAAGCAGUAACUAGAGAUUUCAUGAACUUUCCAGACAUAUCUCAGUGUGUCGCUCUCAUCAAAGGAAAUUCUCCAAGUGCCUCAAGGCAACUGUUUAGAGUAAUGGCAGACAUCCUAUUAAUUACUGGGUCCAGGUGUGCAAACAGGAUGUUCUUCCCUGGGUUUUGUCUGAUAUCAGCUCUACUACAUACAGACACAAUAGCUUCCGUCCUAAAUGCAGACGAGAACAAUGGAGUCCUGUCAACAAUCACUGUAACAGCAUCUGAGAUCAAAUGGGAAGAAGAGUUGUCUUUCUCAGGGACCAUGGGUUUCGAAAUCUACCAGAAAGUGGCUGAUUGCACUUGGUCUCUCAAUACUCCAAGUACCUGCAAUGACCCUGAAUGGUAA